AAUGACCGAACGGCUCGUGAGUCGGGAAUCGGGACUAGCCUCGUCGCAUCUGUGGCCUGCGUUUCCUGAGUCACAAGAGUAAAGUAGAGAAGACGGUCUUCGUUUGUUCUGUGUCUGUUAAGACUGUUCAGCCAUUCAGUCGCUUCUGAACUGUGUGAGAAGCCCCUGCCCCGGUACUUGCUUUUUUUUUUUUUUAAUCUAGUUUCUCAAAGCAUCAGGCCGCCGCAAUGUCCACCAUCAAUUCCGUUGCGGCAGAGGGAGCAGGAAUACAGCAGCAGCAGUUACAAGCACAAACUCAACCAAAGUGGCCAGGAUGGCCCGGAAACAACGUGUUCAGGUUGAUUGUGCCAGUAGUGAAAGUCGGAAGCAUAAUUGGACGUAAGGGAGAGCUCAUCAAGAAGAUGUGCGAGGAAACCCGAGCCCGCAUUCGCAUCCUUGAAGGACCCCUCGGCAUUCCAGAUCGCAUCGUUUUAAUAUCUGCGAAAGAAGAGCCAGAAGCGGCAUUAUCUCCUGCCAUGGAUGCUGUGAUAAGAGUUUACAAACGUGUUAGUGGUCUAUCUGCUGGUGAGGGUGACAGUACAGGUUCAGCAAUUGCUGGUGCUGCUUUUUGCUCCAUACGGUUACUGGUUGCAUCGUCACAGGCUAUUAACUUAAUUGGAAAACACGGAUCUACAAUCAAAUCAAUACAGGAAAGCACCGGUGCUGCUGUGCGUGUUUUAGCAGAAGAGGAAGCUCCUUCAUAUGCUACUUCAGAAGAAAGAGUAGUGGAGAUACAUGGUGAAGCUCAAAAGGUUUCAGAAGCAUUAGAAGCAGUAAUAGGACACCUGAGGAAGUUCUUGGUUGAUCAUAGCGUCAUUCCUAUGUUUGAGAAGACUUAUAAUGCAACAAUUUCCCAGGAACGCUCUGCAGAUAUCAGGAAUGAUAAACCUCAGCCCUCAAUCCAUUCAGCUCCCGCUCCUCAGAUUGGGAUUGGUUCAGAUUAUUCCUUGUCCUUGAAGAGGGAUCCUUCGAUAUAUGAGCGCGAAAUGCAUCUUGACUCAAAAAUACUGCAAUCUGGACUGUCACUUUAUGCACAAGAUUCUGCACUUGGUGGAUUACGGUCAACAGGACUCGGUCGUGCUGCUGCUCCUAUAAUUACCCAGAUGACACAAACAAUGCAAGUACCUCUAUCAUAUGCUGAGGAUAUCAUUGGGGUUGGUGGAUCAAAUAUUGCCUACAUUCGUCGUACUAGUGGAGCAAUCCUUACAAUACAGGAGAGUAGAGGUUUACCUGAUGAGAUUACUGUUGAAAUCAAGGGUACCACCUCUCAGGUUCAGAUGGCUCAACAGCUCAUUCAGGAUUUUAUUAACAACCAGAAGGAGCCGACACCAAGUGUGUAUGGGAAGAUGGAUGCCGGGUUUAGUUCCUAUUCACAAGUAGCAGAAACCAACUACCCUUCAUCUUCGUUUACGUCACAUCUAGGAGCUUAUGGAUCUUCAAGUUUAGGAGGAUAUGGAUCUCCCACUGGGGGAGGUUAUAGCAGCUACAGAUUUUGAGUUACUUUCUGGAAUGUCUCUGUAGGAAAACAUAUUUUGGUACUUGCAAUUUGGAUUGAUUAAAUUAUUGAUAUUUCAUCUUAAAAAAACUUUGUACAUAUAAAUGAUAAUAGAAACUUGUUCAACCUUCACAAAA